GGUCAGCCUGUGUCAGCGAUGAACGCCUCGAGCUGCCUGCCCUCUGCUCAGCCGGGGCUGCCUAACGGCUCGGAGCGCCUGGCCGCCCCCUCCUCCGGCAACCAGAGCGGCCGCGGGUACUGCGAGCAGGUCUUCAUCCAGCCCGGGGUGUUCCUGGCGCUGGGCACCGUCAGCCUGCUGGAGAACAUCCUGGUCAUCCUGGCGGUGGCCAGGAACAGCAACCUGCACUCGCCCAUGUACUUCUUCCUCUGCAGCCUGGCCGCGGCCGACAUGCUGGUGAGCGUGUCCAACGCCCUGGAGACCGUCAUGAUCGCCGUGGUCAACAGCGGCUCGCUGGCCCUGGAGGACCGGUUCGUGCAGCACAUGGACAACAUCUUCGACUCGAUGAUCUGCAUCUCGCUGGUGGCCUCCAUCUGCAACCUCCUGGCCAUCGCGGUGGACAGGUACGUCACCAUCUUCUACGCGCUGCGCUACCACAGCAUCGUGACGGUGCGCCGGGCGCGCGCCCUGAUCGUGGCCGUGUGGCUGUGCUGCGGCGUCUGCGGCGUCGUGUUCAUCGUCUACUCGGAGAGCAAGAUGGUCAUCGUGUGCCUGGUCACCCUGUUCUUCGCCAUGCUGCUGCUCAUGGGCACCCUCUACGUGCACAUGUUCCUCUUCGCGCGGCUGCACAUGCGGCGCAUCGCCGCGCUGCCCCCCGCCGACGGGGCGGCCCCGCAGCAGCGCUCGUGCCUCAAGGGCGCCAUCACCAUCACCAUCCUGCUGGGCGUCUUCGUCGUCUGCUGGGCCCCCUUCUUCCUCCACCUCGUGCUCAUCAUCACCUGCCCCACCAACCCUUCCUGCGUCUGCUACGCCGCGCACUUCAACACCUACCUGGUGCUCAUCAUGUGCAACUCCGUCAUCGACCCGCUCAUCUACGCCUUCCGCAGCCCCGAGCUGAGGAGCACCUUCCGCGAGAUCCUGUGCGGCUGCCCCGGCGUGAGCCUGGGCUAG